UUAAAUCAUUCAAAAAUGGAAAAAAGUGCCGGAGUUAAUGUGACGAACGACAGCAUUAGCGUUAAGGGAGCCGUGAACCGCGAUGGCCAUGGCCUAUCAGUGGAGCAUGUUCAAACCCGGGGAUCUGGCAGAACCACAACGGUAGCGGGUCAAGCGAACAUCUUCAAGAAUGAGAAGGCUGAGAUGAAUGCCUCUGCCUACCACACUCGCAAUCGGACUCACGAUCAAUUUGGCGGUGGCAUGGAUAUAAGCACCGCCACAGGCCAUUCAGCGUCAUUGGGUGUUCACCAUGUGCCAUGUGUUUAAUAUGACUUCCGUGAAUGCCAGUGGCAGUGCCAAUCUCUACUCUUCGCCCGAUGGCAAACUAAACGUGGCUGCCACAGCAAACGCAAUGCGCCACACCAGCGGACCCUUCAGGGGUAAAUCCGAUAUGGGGUACGGUUUGAACAUGCAAUAUAAAUUUUAGAAUGCCAAAUGUCAAAAGUUGUAAAAAUAUACAUAUGCAUUCAAUAU